AUGGAAGAUGAAAGUGUAACAUUAUUACCGUUGAGUGUGUCUCCAACCAAUCAUGAACCUGACAAAGCUGCUCUGUUCACAUUAAUGAAUGAAGACAGAAUGAUGCACUUACAGGGACAAAGCAACCGAGGAUAUGCUUCAAUAUAUAAUAUCAACAAGUAUGAAAUUAAACAUAUAGAAGACAGCAAUGAAAAAAUAUAUGGAGGAGGAGGUGGCUGGGGUGGUGAUCGCGAGCUACAGGAAACCCCAGACACAGUUUUCAUCACAGGUCUUAGUGAAAGCAUUGUUGAAGAGGAUCUGCUUGCACAUUUUGGCAGUAUAGGAGUAAUCAAGAUGGACAAAAGAACUGGUAAACCCAAAGUAUGGAUCUAUAAAGAUAAGAUGUCUGGUCGACCAAAAGGGGAAGCCACUGUCACUUACGAUGACCCAGAAACUGCUAAAGCUGCUAUCAACUGGUUCAGUGAGAAAGAUUUUCAAGGAAAUGUAAUUAAGGUUCAGAUUGCUCAAAGGAAAGUGAGUCAGUUUGGUGGUGGUGGACGUGGAGGAGGAGGUGGCGGUGGAAGAGGAGGAGGUGGCGGCGGUGGAUUUGGUGGUGGUCGUGGCGGAGAUAGAGGAGGACGUGGUGGUGGAGGUGGCAGAGGAGGUGGACGUGAUGGUGGUGGAAGUCGUCAAGGAGAUUGGAACUGCCCUAAUGAAGAUUGUGGUAACAACAACUUUGGUUGGAGGAAUGCCUGUAAUCUCUGUAACACACCUAGACCAGAUGGUGCUGGUGGUGAUGGUGGUGACUUUGGUCGUGGUGGUGGUGGUAGAGGUCGCGGAGGUGGUGGUGGAUUUGGUGGCGGCCGAGGAGGCGGCGGUGGUCGUGGUGGAUUUGAUAGAGAUAGAGGAGGUCGUGGUGGAUUUGGUGGUGGUCGUGGCGGUGAUAGAGGAGGACGUGGUGGAGAUAGAGGGGGACGUGGCGGUGGUGGUGGUUACGGUGGUGGACGUGGUGGCGGUGGUGGAGGAAGAGAUGACAGGCGGUCCAGACCAUACUAAAUCAUCAUUUCUAUCAUCAUUCAUACAUUACUGUUUGAACAACAUCACAUAAACAGUUGUUUCAUCAUUUUUCAUUGAUCAUAUCUCAUCAUGAUUUAACAUCAUUGUUUAGUCAUGGAAUGCUACACCCGUAUGUUUUAUACAAGAUUUUAAAGGACUUACUGUAACAUACAUUCAAUGUGUGGAUUGUGGUUUUACAACAGGCACCUUCAAGGCAGCUUAUAACUAGAUUGUUGUCCCACAUGGAUGAACAUGAAUAGAUUGUGUAGCAUGUUGGGGAGAAAUUUAUUUGGUAACAUACUUAAGAAAUAGUUUUUGUUAGGGGGAAAAAUCAGUGUUUGUUGUAAAUAAGAUGUUGUCCUCUUGUUUGAUUACUGUGCAGAGUGGAAUAGUUUUAAGUCUUAAUGGAACAUUUUAAACAAAUAAAUUAACGAAAUUUGCUAAACAUACAUGUCAUCAUCAUUUGAUAUUAUUUCUUUGCUUGAUUUACAACAUUUUAUCAUGUUAGACUUAAAAAUUGGAAUUCCUUGUAUUAAAAGGUACUUUUUUAAUUUUAGAUCUCAUUUCUAGAGAUUUGUAAUUAUGUGACAUUGUGUAAUAAAAGUGAAAAACUAGAA